AUGAAGACGCUUACACUGACAUUCUGCUGUUUUCUCUCGCUUUGUACGACACUUCCAACCAAAAUAUGUGGAGAGAACGAGGAACUUGUCUCCUGCCACAACACUUGUGAACCUCUCUGUGGAUUCAGUCCGCAAAUCUGCACAAUGCAAUGCAUUAUUAACACAUGUGAUUGUAAGAAAGGAUAUGUUCGCAACGCCUUGGGAAAGUGUGUAACUGUUUUCGACUGCACGAGAGAAACGACAAAAUGUCCGGAGAAUGAAACAUUCCACGAAUGCGGUUCAGCCUGUGAGCCAAGUUGUGCCAACCCAAAUCCAGAAAUCUGUACUGAGCAAUGCAUCAUCAAUACUUGUCAAUGUGCUCCAGGAUUUGUUCGUCAUGGCUUUAAUUGUGUCUCGCCUAUUGAAUGUCCACCAAGAGGAAUAUAG